CUGUGUCAAGUUUACUUGCAGGAAUUCUGACUUUCACAGUGCAUAAAUGUGCCUCUUUUUUUUUAAAGUAGUUGAGAUGUCUUGUGACCUGCCGUGUUUGAUACUGAACACUGGUGCUCGGAUGCCCAUCCUGGGACUGGGAACAUACGAAGUGAAGGGCUCAGAGAAGAUGCACCUUAUUAUAGACGCUGCCCUCGAGACAGGAUACCGUGCCUUUGAUACCGCCGCCGUCUAUGGCAACGAAGCGGACCUCGGCAGUGCUCUCCAGGACAUCAUGCCCAAGUACGGCUUGACCAGAGAAGAUAUUUUUCUCAUUAGCAAACUCCCGGCUGAUACGGGGCCCAGGGCCAGAGAGGGUUGUGCCCGAAGCCUUGAGAGGUUAGGUAUUGGGGGAUACAUCGACUUGUAUCUGAUCCACUGUCCAGGGACGAAGGGGCUUGAGCCAGGUGAUGUGAAGAACUCCCAAAAUCGCGCCCAGAGCUGGGCUGUUCUUGAAGAGCUUCAUGGGCAUGGGGCGAUCAGAUCUAUUGGCGUGUCUAACUACACCUUACUACACCUGGAAGAACUGCUGCAUUCGUGCACGGUUCCUCCUGCCCUGCUACAGGUGGAAUUUCACCCAAAACUAGCACAGCUGGAGCUCAGGACUUUUUGCAUGGAAAAAGGCAUAGUCUUCCAGGCAUACUCAUCCCUGGGGAAAGGAGGCCUGUUGUCGAACUCGGAGAUAGUGGCGGUAGCAGACGAACACGGCCGAACCUCCGCGCAGGUGCUACUUAGGUGGGCGAUUCAGCAGGGCGUGGCGGUUUUGCCCAGGUCCUUGCGACCAGAGAAGGUGAGAGAGAAUGGAAAGGUUUUCGACUUUGUCUUGGAGGAAAGGGGGAUGCAAAGACUGUUUGACAUGGACAGUGGGGUACGGUUCUGCAAGAGAGAUCCAACCCUUGUUGUUUGAACCACAACAGCGCCCUUGGUCAUAUAUAGACCUAUAUUGCUCAAUUAGAUUACUUUUACUUGCCGGCAAAUGAAUGUCAAGUUUCAUGAAUGUUUUUUAGCAUUUCACAAAGUGGAGAUGGAUAUUCCUGU